GGACGUAGCAAGGGCGGCGACCUCGACACCUCAGCUGCUGGCACGCACUACUCACAGCACGACCACAUGGCGGUUUCCACCCUCAACAUGGCACCCUACUUUACGGGAUACCCUUUUCAAGGACAGGGCCGCGUGAACCAGCUCGGAGGGGUGUUCAUCAACGGGCGGCCGCUGCCCAAUCACAUUCGGCUGAAGAUCGUCGAGAUGGCGGCGGCCGGCGUGCGACCGUGCGUCAUCUCCCGCCAGCUGCGAGUGUCGCACGGCUGCGUCUCCAAGAUCCUCAACCGCUACCAGGAGACCGGCUCCAUACGGCCCGGCGUCAUCGGCGGCUCCAAGCCGCGCGUCGCCACGCCCGAGGUGGAGGCGCGCAUCGACGACUACAAGAAGGCCAACCCGGGUAUCUUCAGCUGGGAGAUCCGCGACCGCCUCAUCAAGGUAGGCGACCCACAGGACGGCGUGUGCGACAAGAACAGCGUGCCCUCCGUGUCGUCCAUCAGCCGGCUGCUGCGCGGCGGUCGCCGCGACGACGCCGACCUCCGCAAGAACCACUCCAUAGACGGCAUCCUCGGUCCGAGCAGCGCCGACGAGUCGGACACGGAGUCCGAGCCAGGCAUCCCACUGAAGCGCAAGCAACGGCGGUCUAGGACGACGUUCUCUGGAGAUCAGCUCGAGACGCUGGAGCGCGCCUUCCAGCGCACGCAGUACCCGGAUGUUUACACCCGCGAGGAGCUCGCCCAGAAGACGAAGCUGACAGAGGCUCGGGUGCAGGUGUGGUUCAGCAACAGGAGAGCACGCCUUCGCAAACAGCUGAACAGCCAGCAGCUCAACGCCUUCAACUCCAUGUCGCUACAACCGGCAUUCCCCACGCAGUAUGAUCCUACAGCCAACUUCAAUGCACAGGGGCACGCUAGCUCGUGGGCGCAGUCGGGCUACCCCACGGCGUACAACGCGGCAGCAGCCGCCGGCUACGGCGCAGCGGCAGCGGCCGAGGCGGCUGCGGCGGCGGCUGUCGCCGGGGGCGGCGUGGGCGGCGGCGUCGGCGUGGGCGGCGUGGCGCAGGCGGCGGGCGGCGGCGCCGCGGUGGCGCAGUUCGGCGGCUACCCAGGCGCCGGGAGCGGCGCCGCGGCGCAGCACUGCCAGGCGUCGCCCUGGACGCGGCCGCACCCCCAGCACCCGCAGCCCGUGCAGACCAAGCAGGAGGUGUCGGCCGCCGCCGCCGCCGCCGCCGCCUGCUGGCCCGACAACUACAGCAGGCCGCCGCCUCCUCGCAGCGGCGCACAGCACACUCGCCGCGGCGCAGCGCAGCGCGGCCACUGUAAUCGCACGGCGGCCGACAACCGGUGCUUAAGCCCGGUAGUGGCGGCCGGGCGCGCUCACUACCGGCGCUACCUAAUCACCAGACAUGUUUAUACGUGCGCCGCGCCCGCCCAGGGCCGCCGCCUGGGGCCGGGUCCUCAGCCGCAGAAGUGGAACAAAGGCGCGCCGCCCGCCGACAAUGACCACCGCCGAGUGCCGACUUCUGAGCGACGAGCGCCUUCCCACGGCCGCCCCUGCUGA